AUGGCGGGCUCAAUGCAUCUCUCUCGACUCAGGAGAUGGUUCCUCGCGUCCCCGCCGAUCGAGUUCGCCAUCACGAACUUUAAGGAGCUGCUGGUUGGCGCACUCCGCCAGGGCCCGAUUCCACAACAUGUGGCCUUUGUCAUGGACGGGAAUAGACGGUUCGCCCGGUCGCAUGGGAUUGAGACAGUGGAGGGACACAAUCUGGGAUUUGAAGCGCUGGCAAGGAUCCUCGAGGUGUGCUACAAGAGUGGUGUGAAGGUGGUGACGAUCUACGCGUUCAGCAUCGAGAACUUUAAGCGAUCCAAAUUCGAGGUCGAUGCGCUUAUGGAGAUGGCCAAGGUGAAACUCUCCCAGAUGGCCCAGCAUGGCGACCUGCUGGAUCGGUACGGGGCAAAAGUACGCGUCCUGGGCCGUCUCGACCUGCUCAAGCCCGACGUGCUGGCUGCAGUGAACAAGGCCGUCGACCUCACCAGCCGCAACGGCGACCGCGUCCUCAACAUCUGUUUCCCCUAUACCUCCCGCGACGAAAUCACCACUGCCAUCCGCGAAACCGUCGAAGAAUACAGUGCACCGCUCCAUCCUGCGCGUCCUGCCGGUGCUACUGCACGCACUCCCUUCUCUGAAUCGCAUAUUGCACACAACAUCCGUGCUCAGACCCUGGGCACCAAACCACAAGAGGCGAACAGCGACUCGGAAUCCACAUCUGCCGAGUUGUCCACACAAGAAGAUGAGUCCGGUGCACGGAACGAUCGCUCCCAUCGCAUCUACGAGUCAGGUUCCUCCUUCUCGUCCUCGACCACGCUCCACCUGGGAGGCCAGCCAGACGGGCAAUCGGCCAAGGGAUCAAGCCCGGAAAAUGUCUCAGACGCAGAAAACCCGGUCUUUAUCUCCCCCGAAACCAUCUCUCGCCAAAUCUUGUCCGAUCACAUGUUGACCAAAGGUAACCCGCCGCUGGAUAUGCUGGUGCGGACCUCGGGUGUGGAACGGCUGAGUGACUUUAUGCUCUGGCAAUGUCAUGAAAACACCGAGAUUGUCUUCCUCGACGUCAUGUGGCCUGAGUUCGAUCUAUGGCACUUCCUACCGGUGUUGCUCGGCUGGCAACGGCGCAUUGCCAAGUCCCGCCAGAACCCAGACGCAGAGGGCAACUUUGCGGGGGACAGUCCCGAAUCCAGUGAGGAGGAUGCGGACAUGGUCCUGCGACAGACCGGGAAGGUCAAGGGCGUAUAG